AUGGAUUAUGUAAAUGCAGAAGCAUGUGGUGCGAAUGAACCACAUGUUGAUUGUUCGAAUACGUUUAACACUUCUCAGGUGUUUGAGUGCCGAGAGGAUGUUUUGCGGUGGGCUCGAUCCGUGGCUCAUGAAAACGGAUUUGUGGCGGUGAUUUUAAGGUCGGACACAAACACAGGUAGUAGAGGAAGGACUACAUUUGUGUUAAUUGGCUGUGAAAGGAGUGACGAGUAUAGGUGUAGGAAAAAAGAAUUUAUCAGAAGAGACAUUGGGACUAGGAAAUGUGGGUGUCCCUUCAAACUUCGUUGCAAGCCAGUGGUUGGAGGAGAAGGCUGGAUGUUGAAGUUGAUUUGUGGAGUGCAUAAUCAUGAAUUGACCAAGUCAUUAGUUGGACAUCCAUAUGCGGGGCGAUUGACUAAAGCUGAAAAAACACUUAUUGCUGAUAUGACGAAGUCCAUGGUGAAGCCAAGAAACAUUCUGCUAACUCUAAAGGAACACAAUGCCAAUAGCUGUACAACCAUUAAACAGAUAUACAAUGCAAGAAGUGCAUUUCGUUCUUCCAUAAGAGGAAGCGAUCUUGAAAUGCAAGAUCUGAUGAAGCUUUUUGAACGUGAUCAGUAUAUUCAUUGGCACAAAAUAAAGGAUGAAGAUGUGGUUCAUGAUAUCUUUUGGUGUCACCUUGAUUCAAUGAAGUUAGUCAACGCAUGUAAUUUGGUGUUUUUGAUAAACAGCACCUACAAAACAAACUGGUACAAACUCCCACUGCUCGAUUUUGUUGGGGUGACACCGACCGGGAUGACAUUCUCUGCCGGUUUUGCAUAUGUGGAGGGUGAACGCGUUAAUAAUUUGGUAUGGGCUUUACAACGCUUCCGAGACCUUUUUUUAAAGCGUGAUGCCCUCCCUGGAGUUAUUGUCACUGACAGAGACCAAGCAUUGAUGAAUGCAGUGAAGGAUGUUGUUGCUGAAUUAGAGCGUGUUGACUAUGCUGGCAAGAAUCCCUCAAGUUGUGGUUGCGUGAGGAGACUCAGUUUUUCAGACCAAGGGUUAUCUGAGCUCGAGGAGGGCAUCAAGGAUGUAAUGGAAACAAUAUCCAAAGGAUUCGAAGAACUUGAUGUUUGUGGUAAGUUUACUCUAAGGACUAAACUUUGGGAAAUUGCAUACCCUGAUCAGAAUUCGAUGUGUCCUCCUCCAACAAAGGUUAACACAAAGGGGGCAUCGAAGAAAGCUAUGAGCAGGAACCCAAGGUCAACAAAGCACGAUCCAUCAUACUGGGAGUAUGUAGAUGCCUUUGAAUCUAUGCAAAAUAACAAUUCAUCGGUGAGGCGUACUGCAUCAUCCUCUGAGCAACCGAAUCGAAGUACGAUGAUGCCCAUGCUGGACCAGUUUCAGCCAUUUAUGCACGACUUCAUUGAUAAGAUCGUUGAUGUCAAAGCUGAUGGUAACUGUGGAUAUCGGUCGGUUUCCGAUUUAUUAGGUAUGGGUCAAGACUCUUGGUCGAUGGUUCGCAACCAUCUGCUUAAAGAACUUGCCAAAUUCUCAUAA